AUGAUCCGUCUGUUUUUGUUACUUUUUCCUCUCUCCGCAAUACUGUCCGAUAGCGGUUUUCCUACUCACACUUUGAUUGAUUGCGGAAUUUCCAACGCAACCAUAGAUGGAGUUCAAGGAGUGAUUGAGGAUCAUUCGGUAAAAUAAAUCUGGAAGUUCUUUACAUUUUUCUAUUUGCUUUCAGUCUAUGAUCCAGCUAGCAAAGUCCAACAAACGAGCAAAAAAGACUGAAAUCGACUCGAUGAAAGCUGACAUCGAUUUGUACAUGGAAGAAAAUGUACCGGAAGAUGAUAAACAGAAAUGGAUUGAUUGCGUGAUGAAGAAAAGUUCAACUUCUCUCUAG